AUGACUGCAAAGAGAGCCAGCUUAGGCAGUGGACCGGUUGUAUCAGAUGGAGAUAUGGGUAUGCCUGUAGAAUUCGAGUUGUUCAAAAGGACGUGA